UCCCGGCCUCGCGGGACACCGUUCCAGGAGCAGAGCGGCCGCCCACGCCCCAAGCAUCCUCUUCUGACGAGCGGGCGCCGGCGGCAUGAUGCGGCUGCGAGGCUCGGCGAUGCUUCGGGAGUUGCUAUUGAGGCCGCCCGCCGCCGUCGGAGCCGUCCUGCGGCGCGCGCAGCCCCUCGGCACGCUAUGCCGGCGACCCCGGGGCGGGAGCCGGCCGACCGCUGGCCUGGUGGCCGCUGCGCGACUCCACCCGUGGUGGGGCGGGGGCGGCCGCGCGAAGGGCCCCGGCGCGGGCGGCCUGUCCAGUUCGCCCUCGGAGAUCCUCCAGGAGCUGGGGAAGGGGGGCACGCCGCCACAGCAGCAGCCUCAGCAGCCAGGGGCGUCGCCACCCGCAGCACCGGACUCCAAGGACAGCCCGGGGGAGACCAACGCGUUCGGCAACAGCGAGGGCAAGGAGAUGGUGGCCGCGGGCGACAAUAAAAUAAAACAGGGUCUGUUACCUAGCUUGGAAGAUUUGCUGUUCUAUACAAUUGCAGAAGGACAAGAAAAGAUACCUGUUCACAAGUUUAUUACAGCACUCAAAUCUACAGGAUUGCGAACAUCUGAUCCCAGGUUGAAAGAGUGUAUGGAUAUGUUAAGAUUAACUCUUCAGACAACGUCAGAUGGUGUCAUGCUAGACAAAGAUCUUUUUAAAAAGUGUGUUCAAAGCAACAUUGUUUUGUUGACACAAGCAUUUAGAAGAAAGUUUGUCAUUCCUGAUUUUAUGUCUUUUACCUCACAUAUUGAUGAGUUAUAUGAAAGUGCUAAAAAGCAGUCUGGAGGGAAGGUUGCUGAUUAUAUUCCUCAACUGGCCAAAUUCAGUCCUGAUUUGUGGGGUGUAUCUGUCUGUACCGUAGAUGGGCAAAGGCAUUCUAUUGGAGAUACCAAAGUUCCUUUUUGCCUUCAGUCUUGUGUAAAACCCCUGAAAUAUGCAAUUGCUGUUAAUGACCUGGGAACGGAGUAUGUGCAUCGCUAUGUUGGGAAGGAGCCAAGUGGAUUAAGAUUCAACAAACUCUUUUUGAAUGAAGAUGAUAAGCCACAUAAUCCUAUGGUAAAUGCUGGAGCAAUUGUUGUGACUUCACUAAUAAAGCAAGGAGUAAAUAACGCUGAGAAAUUUGACUACGUGAUGCAAUUUUUGAAUAAGAUGGCUGGUAAUGAAUAUGUUGGAUUCAGUAAUGCAACGUUUCAAUCUGAACGAGAAAGUGGAGAUCGAAAUUUUGCAAUAGGAUAUUACUUAAAAGAAAAGAAGUGUUUUCCAGAAGGCACAGACAUGGUUGGGAUACUAGAUUUUUAUUUCCAGCUGUGCUCCAUUGAAGUGACAUGUGAGUCAGCAAGUGUGAUGGCUGCAACGUUGGCUAAUGGUGGCUUCUGCCCAAUCACUGGAGAAAGAGUUCUCAGUCCUGAGGCAGUUCGGAAUACACUGAGCUUGAUGCACUCCUGCGGCAUGUAUGACUUCUCCGGGCAGUUUGCGUUCCAUGUUGGUCUUCCUGCAAAAUCUGGAGUUGCUGGAGGUAUUCUUUUAGUUGUCCCCAACGUCAUGGGCAUGAUGUGCUGGUCUCCUCCUCUUGACAAGAUGGGCAACAGUGUUAAGGGAAUUCACUUUUGUCACGAUCUUGUUUCUCUGUGUAACUUCCAUAACUAUGAUAAUUUGAGACACUUUGCAAAAAAACUUGAUCCUCGGAGAGAAGGAGGUGAUCAAAGGCAUUCCUUUGGACCAUUGGACUAUGAGAGUCUCCAGCAAGAACUUGCUUUAAAAGACACAGUGUGGAAAAAAGUGUCACCUGAGUCAAGUGACGACACCUCUACAACUGUAGUAUAUAGAAUGGAGAGUCUGGGGGAGAGGAGCUAGAGAUGGGCUCUAGCUGCAGAACAGAACGUUUCUCCUUUUAACAUCGGAAACAUCUUGAGGCUUUUGGUUUUGUUUCUUGUUUAUUUUUCCAAACUAAGUAUUUAUUCAAGUAUUCAAUUGUUAUCAACCUUGGGUACUAGAGCCAUAAACUUUAAAAAAGGGUUUUGUUUUUUUUUUCUGCUGUAAUCUUUGUAUAAAAAGCAUUUGUUAAUUUUUAAAAGAGCAUUUACAAAUAAAGCAGAUUUGCUUUAUUUUUUAAAACUUCAAAAAAUGCAGUUUCCUUAAUUACAUUAAAAUUUUAACUAUAUAAUUUGCUAACCACAUUGUCUUCUUAGUUCUGAAGCCUGCAUAUUAAGCUAUGAAGUAUUGUUAGAUUUGUCUUUUCCUUUCCAGUUUUAUAACUGGUAGGAUAUUGGUAGUGACAGAAAGUACUUUCAUGCUAAAUACAAAACUAAAAGGGCAAAGUAAUCAAAAUUAUUUUAUUUAAAAGAAUAGCAGAUUAUGAAAUUAGCUUUAGUUUAUACAUAUGCCAGUUAUAGUGGUAGAAUGGCUUUGAAUAUUUAAAUUGCAAAUACUUUUAAAUAUGUCUGUUUUUUUUUUGUUGUUUGUUUUAAAACUCUUGGGUCCUGUCAGAAUCACAGUGUAUUAGGAAUGUUUCACAUCACUGAAACACUCCAGCCAAAGAACUGCAGACGUGUGAGGAUGGCGUGUUCUGUUAUUUAAAAGCUGUAAUGGUUAGUUGCUCAGAAAGAGUCAGUGACUAUCUUCAAAAUGGAUUGUAUUUUCAUAUUCUUCAUGUAAUUUUUUGUUGUAUUUAAGUAUGAACGGUAAAUUUUGCUUUUUUAGCUUUUAGUAAUUUUAUUGUUUCAUAACUGCUAAUGAAUAUUUUUGUGAUAAUUAUAACAUCUCAUAAAUUUUGUUCUUUUUGAACUUUUAUUAGCAUACUCAUGAAUAUAGUCUGAAGGUGUUAAGUAUACAACUAAAAUAUUUGUUGAAUUGGAAUGCUUCUGUUUAUUUUUAAAAUGCAAUAUUGAGAAUCAAAACUUUUCAAGAGAACUAUAGAUUCCAUUUAAUCUGGUUGUAAACAAAUAUACAUAUUUUUUAAAUCUAUCUUGGCAAAGUGAUACUAAAGUUCUGUAGGAUUUAUUUACAUGUCUCCCUUCAUGUAUUUUGUUUUUAUCAUAAUUUCAAGUUUGUUUUUUCAAAUUCACUUUUAAACUUGUAAAUUUUGGGCAAGUGGUUGAGAAUGAAAGCCUUAUAGCUUUUUAAAAUUAAGAGAUGUGUACAGUAGAGCAGAUUCUGUAACUAAAUAAAGUGCAGGAAAAAAUAGUUCACUGGUUUAGAUUCUAAAUAAAAUACAAGAAAAUUCUGAUCUGAUUUGAAAUUGGAAACUCUGAUAUUAAGAAAGAGGUUUCUUCUCAGAAGUUUGACCUUAAAGCCUUUUGGCUAAUUUAAGUAUUAAUAUUUGUAUUUAGAUAGUGAGCUUUAGAAAAGGUUUGCUUUUCUGUUCCUUUGGUGUUCAUAUGCAUUUCUGAGCUGUAUGCUUUAAAAGUCUUGCCAUUGCCCUGCCUGCGGACACUGAGCAUUUCUUUUUCUUAUAUUCAGAAAUAUUUGGGACUUAGGUAAUUGAACACCUUAAUUGGAAAAAAGAUUUUACUUUUUUCCUUCCAUUUUUUGUGUGUACAUUUUGCUGUUUCAUUCAGAAGUUGGAUUUACUUUACAAAAUGACUUAAUUUUCAUAUGGUGUGCAUGUUUGUGUAAACUUCAAACUAUUUUGUUAAUUUUUGGCCCUUUCUAUAUAUAAUUCUAGUAAUGCUUGAAUGUACACUUAAAUAUGAAGUAGGGUUAAGUCAGCUGUUAUCUUUAAAGAAUGCUGUUAAGAACAAGCAUUCAAAAAUGUGUAUAGGAAGGUAUUAGCAUCAGAGUAGGUAAGAUACUGGGAAUGUAUCUGCAGACACGAAAAGGAAAGAAAAGCUUUGCCAGUUUGUAGAUUUAUCUUAAUUCCCUUUAUUAUUCUUAAUCUCUUUUCAAAUAAAGUUCUUUGAGAAGUACCCAGUAUUGUGGGGUUUAAUUUUUCCUACCAUUAUUGAUUCUUGAUAUUCAAGCAUUUACAUGACAGCAUAUUUUUUCUUUUCCUUUUUUUCUGAUUUUUUUUUUGCCAUCAUUUACAUUUCAUUUGAAAUACAUAUUCUUCUUGAAACAUUUUGUUUUUAGCAUAAAUGUUGUGCAUUUUAUCUUAGUGUUUGGAUUAAAACAUUUGUGUUGUUGAGCUUUCUUCAUUUGCUUUGUAUAUUUAAUAAUGUACCUUUAUUUUCCAGUAUGCCUAUUUUUUGUAUUGUACAAUAAAUUUAUUUUAAGCUGA